ACAACAAGUUCAUUCACCUGCAUUGUAGUACCGGUACUUGUGAAGUUACGGUCUGAGCCUUCGAGUAUUCGACAGAACGGCCUGGAUGGCUUCAAAGUGAAACGCCUAGUACUUCACUUCAGACUGGCGUUGUGCCCAUGCUCUCAGUUGCUGCCAGGCCCAGGAUAAGAUUUUUCGGCAUGCGUAUGCGUAUCAAAUGUCUUCUUCAAGAUUGAGUGCAGUUGUGAGAUACUGAAACCUACUGAUUCUGAGGUUCCUUCUUGUGUGCGUCCGUUGCCUUCGGCGGACUGAGUGCCGCUUUGCGGUUACGAGUUGGCUCAGCAUCGUAAUGCUGCUGGAAGCGCUCUCUUGUGCUGAGGAUCGUGUGGCUGCGAAGUUGUGCUCAGAGCAGUUGGUUUGAGUUCCCAUGGUUUGGGUUAGAAGUUCGAAUUUGGAAAUCGUAAGAGCCACCACCUUUAUGUAAGCGCCAUGGCUGAUUCUGACCCGAUGAGAUCUAGAACGUGCAGCAUAGCUAGCAGGUCCCUUACGUCUGCCGCUGCCGGUGAACCCCAUCGACCCAGGUCUGAUACUGAUAGCUGGCCAGAUCCUGACUCGCCUAGAAAGAGGACAACGUCACUGAAAAGGGUGCAGCCCAUAAGAAGAAAUGACAGUCGAGCCACUACCAGCAGUAGGCGGAACACGACCAGUUCCAUUGCUAGCACCAAGUCAUCAGGUAGCGUCUCCACAGGCGGCAGCAGGAGGUCACAUCACAAUAGUUUUUCAGCCAGAAUACGCCACGCGCUGGCCUUCUCAAUUGCUGGCCGGGUGACCGUGUACAGCACAACUGGGUGUCCAGAGGCAUCACACGUCUUCUCCAAACUUGAAGCUCUGGGUUUGCCGUUUAUUGACAUUAAUCUAGAUGUGUUCUGUGAGCGGCAAGAGGAGAUGAUUGAACUGUGUGGAGUGUCGGUCACCCCGCAGGUGCUUUUCAACGAUCGGCAUCUCGGAGGCCUUGAUGAAUUACAGGAAUUGGAGGCUAGUGGGGAUCUGGACACCCACAUCCACUACUUGCGGCGCACGCGGCCAACUUCUCGGACACCCGCCCUACCGACCGACUGCUUGCUACCCGCUGUUCAGUCCAAUGAUUUGGAGGUGGUACCAGAGUCAGUGGAUCAAUAUGCUUCACUGGUUCGGGAGAUACGCAAGUCAGGCCUUAUCAAGGACAGGACGUACCACCUGCGCUCGUACAAGGCCUGCAUUACUGGUACUGACUUGGUCAAUUUCGUCUGUCGCUUACGAGAUAUCAGUCGCAGUGAGGCUGUGGAGAUUGGACAAACGCUCAUUAAGCGUCACUACCUUCACCAUGUCUGCCACGACCAUUUCUUCAAGGACGAGAAAUUGUUCUACCGAUUCCUGGAGGAUGAACCAACGGAAGCAUUGAACACGUUUAUGGUGUGUGAAUUGGAGCCUCGGCCUGCUAAGGUUCUCGCGGAGAUAAUGCGCAGAAAGAUUCUCAGCAUGUAUGACUUGUUCCUGUCACCUGAUGGCAAGGCGGUUGACUAUGAAGCUAUGGGGCGCAGCGAAGCCUUUUCUCAGUACUCUCAACUGGCGUGUGAGCUGCAGCGCUGUGAUGUGGCAACACUAGAUUCACGGCAGAGGACGGCUUUCUUCAUCAACAUCUAUAACGUCCUGGUCAUGCAUGCCACAACACAAUUUGACUCGCCCAAAACCGCCUGGGAUCGAUUCAAGUUCUUCAACAGUAUAUCCUACAUGAUUGGUGGCCUGGAGUACUCGUUGAGCGGCAUCGAAAACGGCAUUCUCCGUGCUAACAAGAGAGCUCCUAAUCAGGUACAUCGACCCUUCCAUAAGAAUGAUCCUCGUCUGCAAAUGUGCUUGCCGACUUGUGACCCACGCGUGCAUUUUGCCAUUGUCUGUGGUGCCAGGAGUUGCCCACCCAUCAAGGUCUACUCUGCAGAGGAACUUGAUGAGCAGCUUGAUGUAGCUGUUGCUGCGUUUCUGGAUGACGGUGGCAUUGAUGUGGAUCCUGAUAAACACGAGAUUCACUUGAGCAGAAUAUUCCAGUGGUAUCAGUCAGACUUUGCUGAGACUAAAUACGAGCUACUGAAGUGGAUUAUCAAAUAUAUGCCACCUGGUGACAUGUGUCGGAAAUUGUUCGGCAUAGUGCGCACUCUGAACUAUAAAAUUAUCUUUCAGACUUAUGAUUGGUCCUCGAAUAAAAGCGAGUAGAUGCCAAGCUGUCCUGUGCGAGGAACGUGCCGGUGCGCUUGGCUAUGUGCACGCUACCCCUGCACUGCUCAUGUACAGUGAGGAUCUGUUUACGAGUAGCUGCGUGUCAUAAUCAAUGACCUCCACUUGUCAACAGUCUAGCAUGACCCUGCACCAAGGACCAUGUAGUGUUGGCCUCUGCACUGCACUCCAGCCAUGUCUAGAACUGUGCUUUUCGCUCCUGGCACCAUGCUUUCGGCCUAUUUACCUUGACUAGAGAAAAGCAUUGCAUGCUGCCAUCCCAUUCACUGCUCUCAAUUGCAUAAAAUGCACUAUUAUUUUCCUUGUCAGCCGCCUCUAGCUGGGCUGGAUUGAAGAGUGCCAUAUUCUUGUACCCUUUUCUUGUUCAUUUCGACCGUUGACCGAGCAUGAUACGACACAUCACAUCAUUACAACCAUUUCUCAAUUGCUCUUACCUUUUGCUGAUACUUUUCUUGCCCCAUACCCCUCCUAAGACUGUGGUCACUUUUCGACUGCUAUUUUCUUUGCCAGUUUUGCUUACCUCUGUCCUCCAUCACGAGGCUUUUCUUAUAUUUUAUUUUUUUUAUUGUGUGCAACGGCAAGUGUUUAAUCAAAACAUUGCCCGCAUUUAGGCUUGCCCAGUGUUGCAGCUGGUCUCUUUCUCGUUUGUGUUUGGUACAUUGGUGCAGUUUCAAACAGUGCUCUAGUGCUCUAGGCUGUCAUCUACUUGUAGUGUUCCCGCAUUUUAGCCUUCGUAUCUCGGUGUCUGCUUUUGAACAGUCGGGAGCCCUCCUGUUUUCACCCACGACUAUAGAUUUGUCGCAUACUUUUUUUGCAGAUUAGUGCCCUGCCGCGGUAUGUAGAGGUAUUCAUAUAUUUGAGAGAGGUCCAUUGGCCAUUAUCAAUCUGUUCUUGUUUGUAGGUAGAACAUUCACAAGAAACAAGAAUACCUCA